AUGGACCUAGACCCAGAGGGCAUCUUCCGCGACGACAGCGAUGAAGACGAAGACAACGUCCAGGAGAGGGAGGCGAACAAGGAGAUGGUUGUCUACCUUGUCGACGCCUCGCCCAAAAUGUUCACCCCUGCUACCACCCAGGACAAUGAAAAGCAGGACACACAUUUCCACACCAUUGUUAGCUGCAUCACAGAGUCUCUAAAGACACAAAUUAUUGGUAGAUCUUACGAUGAAGUCGCAAUAUGUUUCUUAAACACUAAAGAGAAGAAGAAUUUACAGGACUCAGCUGGUGUUUAUGUUUAUAAUGUUGGAGACAGAGAAGAACUUGAUAGACCCACUGCAAAACUUAUCAAAGAUUUUUCUUCCAUAGAAGAUUCUUUUAUGAGCACCAUUGGAAGUCGAUAUGGAAUAACAUCUGGAUCUCGAGAGAAUACCCUGUAUAAUGCUCUUUGGGUUGCUCAGGCUCUGCUGCGCAAGGGAUCUGUGAAGACCGUCAGUAAACGAAUUCUUAUAUUCACCAAUGAAGAUGAUCCUUUUGGUACUAUUACAGGAGCAGUGAAAACUGAUAUGAUUAGGACAACAGUUCAACGUGCAAAGGAUGCACAAGAUCUUGGCCUGUCUAUUGAACUUCUUCCACUGAGCCGGCCUGAUGAGCAGUUCGACAUGUCCCUGUUUUAUGCAGAUUUAAUUGGUCUGGAUGGGGAUGAGAUAACCGAGUAUUUGCCAUCUGCUGGUGUUAGGCUAGAGGAUAUGACUAAUCAACUGAGAAAACGAAUAAUGAAGAAGCGCAGAGUCAAAACUCUUUCAUUUGCAAUCACAAAUGAUGUGUGCAUAGAAGUGAAUACAUAUGCGCUGGUCCGUCCUACUACUCCAGGGACAAUCACAUGGCUUGAUUCACUAAGUAACCUUCCAUUAAAGGCUGAGAGGUCUUUCAUAUGCAAUGAUACUGGGGCUCUACUUCAGGAUGCACAGACACGUUUCCAGAUGUACAAUGACACAAUUGUCAAAUUUUCUGUACAUGAACUCUCUGAGGUUAAAAGGGUUGCAAGCCAUCAUCUUCGCCUUUUAGGUUUCAAGCCAUUGGAUUGCUUGAAAGAUUAUCAUAACUUAAGACCAUCAACAUUUAUUUAUCCGAGUGAUCAGCGUAUAUUUGGAAGCACUUGUGUUUUCGUUGCCUUACAUAGCUCAAUGUUACGUCUUGGAAGGUUUGCACUUGCAUUUUAUGGGAAUCCAACUCGACCACAGCUCGUAGCCCUUGUUGCUCAAGAAGAGGUUACUUCCUCUGGUGGCCAGUUUGAACCGCCUGGCAUGCACAUGAUCUAUCUUCCAUACUCGGAUGAUAUUAGAUAUCCUGAAGAAGUUCAUGUGACUUAUGAUGAUGCACCACGUGCAACAGAUGAACAAAUCAAGAAAGCUUCGAAUCUAUUCAAACGUAUUGAUCUAAAAAAUUUCUCUGCAUGCCAAUUUGCUAACCCAGCUUUGCAAAGACACUAUGGGAUCUUGGAGGCCUUAGCUUUAGGCGAAGAUGAGAUGCCUGAUAUAAAGGAUGAGACCCUGCCUGACGAAGAAGGCUUGUCUAGGCCAGGGGUAGUCAAAGCUAUUGAGGAAUUCAAGACUUCAGUCUAUGGUGAAAAUUAUGACCAAGAGGAGGCAGAAGCAGCAGCAGGGAAAGCUUCCCGUGGUGAUGCUUCAAAAAAGAGGAAGGAAAUCACUGAUGCAGCUGCGCAGAUAAGUGCUGCUUAUGAUUGGGCAGAACUUGCAGACAAUGGAAAACUGAAGCAAAUGACGGCGGCAGAAUUGAAAUCCUACCUGACCGCGCAUGACCUCCCGGUUUCUGGUAAGAAAGAGGUACUUGUCAGCAGGAUCUUGACUCAUCUGGGCAAGUGA